AGAAAGCGAAACUGAAUGAUGUUACUUUAAUAAAAUGCGGCACACACAAACACACGCUCUCUCUCUCUCUCUCUCUCUCUGUCUGCCUGCAGGAUAAGACUCAAUCAUGUCAUUUGUUACAAAAAUUCUCACACAAAACUCCAUGAUCUCUAUUAAACAUCAUGGUCUCACUACUUCAUAUUGCAUCAUAUGGUUCGUGAGUAUAGGCUUCCUCACAGCAGACUCUGAGAUAUCAGCUCGAGUGGGUUCCACAGUUAUCCUGCCGUGUGAGUGGAGAGAUGUCCAUCUCCAGAUACCUCAUGUUCAGUGGAACACAGUUUCUGAGACGGUGUUUGAGAGAAAGGGUGUGGAGAUGUACGUGGGUGAGGGAUAUCAGGGCCGUGUGGACGUUCCUCAAGACAAGCUGCUUAAAGGAAACUGUUCUCUGGUGCUGAAGAACGUCACACUCACAGAUGCAGGCGUCUACGAGAGCUACCUAUCUGUGAGGCGCAUGAAGAGAUCCAGCUCUACGAAAUGGGUUUUAGUCCAGUGGCUCAAGCUCUCAGUCGAUGAAACACCAGAGGAGACUGUACAUCACACUCUAUCUGCCAGAGAAACACCUGAGGAAGAUUUAAAUGCAUGGAUGACUGAUGAUGCAGGAGUGACUCAUCCUGGACCUCAGAUCAUCCUCCUUUCGCUUCUUGCAUGUUUAUGUGUCCUUCACUUCUGAGUAGAAUUUACAGAAACCUGGACAUUAAUAGUUAAAAUCUAAUAUUAUAUAAACUAAUAUAAUUUAUCAUUUUUAUUAUUAGUUUAUACAAAUUUCAGCUAACGUUGCUGCUUACUGAUGAUAAACGGAGCGUAAACCCCUGAAUGUGAUAAUGCACUGGCACUGGAGACUCCUUCCACACAGAUGAAUGUAAAAUAUAAUGAACUGUUACUAUAGAAACAAUAUUUAUAAGAAGGAGCACUUUAAUUAUCUCUGUGAUACAAAUUUAUAUAGUUUUUAAAUAUUAUCCGAAUUUGGAGCUUCUGUAAUUUAGGGUAAUGGAAAAAUAUGAUUAUACACUACAACAAAUACCUCAUAUGCUUCCUUUUAAACACUCUUGUUUAAAGUAAAAAAAAAAGAAAAAGAAAAGAAAAGAAAAAGAAAACACCAGUUUCGAAGCUAUAGUAUAAGAAGUUCAUCAUUUGAACUCUGUUGCACUAGACAGUGAAAUGAGACAAUGUUCUACAGGAUAAUGGAGUUAAAUAGAACAAACACAGAGUUAUGAACUUAAGUUCUACACACAAAGUAUAUCUGAGCAAUGUGGUGUAAACAAUGAGACAAAAACAUAUUACAAAUGAAAUGAAUAAAGUGUUUAAUUUUAUUUGUAUUUAUUAAAAAACUUUUUCUA